AUGUAAAACCAAAAAAAGACUUGUAAAUUGUAAAUUCAAAGAUAAUAAUAACCAAUUCAUUUAUAGAAUAUUGUGUAUCAGGAAACAAAUAGUGAAUCUUUUUGUAAACUUUUCUAAAAUAACAAAUUCAUAUCAACUAUUUCUAAAGAAGUAAUAAAUAAGAAUAAAUCCAUUAUUGCUAGAAAUAAAUCAUUAUAAUUAUUAAAUUUGAUAUUAAAACAUCAAUCACAUAAAAAAGUUAAAAAAGAUAAUCUUAAUGAUAUGACUAUUUAUAAUAGUCUAAUAAUAAGAUAAUCAUUGCCUGUAGUAAAGAAAAUUACUUAACCAAUUCUCUCAUGCAGAGAAAAAAAAUCGUAUUCGGUAUAAUAGUCAAGAAGAUAUUCAAACCCUAAAAAUUAAAGUAUUGUAUCAAUGCUCGGAACCAAAAUAGGCCCAUGGUGA